GGGGAGCGGCGGCGGGCGCGGCGCCAGCGCGGGACCUGCGCCCCCCGCGCCCCGAGCCUGCCGCAGGCAGAGGGGCCGGGAGCCCCGCGAGGAGCGCGGCCGGCAUGAGCCAGGUGCCGAGGAAGCUGCCGGAGGAGGAAGAGGGGGACGAGGAGGAGGAAGAGGAGGAGGAGAUCGUGGGCUUGGCGGGCUACGCCGACGGGGCCGAGUCCUUCUCGGACGGCGACGCGGAGAGCGGCGGCGAUGAGGCGUUUUUGGAUUUCAAUGAUCCCUUCAGUACUGAAGUUAAGCCAAGAAUCCUACUCAUGGGAUUGAGAAGAAGUGGAAAAUCUUCCAUUCAGAAAGUUGUCUUUCACAAAAUGUCGCCGAAUGAGACUCUCUUCUUGGAGAGCACAAACAAGAUCUGCAGAGAGGAUGUUUCCAACAGCUCCUUUGUCAACUUUCAGAUAUGGGAUUUUCCUGGGCAAAUUGACUUCUUUGACCCUACGUUUGAUUAUGAGAUGAUUUUCAGAGGCACUGGAGCACUGAUAUUUGUUAUUGAUUCUCAGGAUGAUUAUAUGGAAGCAUUAGCUCGGCUGCAUCUUACUGUGACCAGAGCCUAUAAAGUGAAUCCAGAUAUCAACUUUGAAAUCUUUAUCCAUAAAGUGGAUGGUUUAUCUGAUGACCAUAAGAUUGAAACACAGAGAGAUAUUCACCAGAGGGCAAAUGAUGACCUUGCAGAUGCUGGAUUGGAGAAGAUUCACCUCAGCUUUUAUCUGACAAGCAUAUAUGAUCAUUCUAUAUUUGAAGCAUUUAGCAAAGUGGUACAGAAACUGAUUCCACAGCUCCCAACACUGGAAAACCUGCUUAACAUCUUUAUUUCAAAUUCUGGGAUUGAAAAAGCAUUUUUAUUUGAUGUAGUCAGUAAGAUCUAUAUUGCAACAGACAGCACUCCAGUGGAUAUGCAAACUUACGAGCUCUGCUGUGAUAUGAUAGAUGUUGUGAUUGACAUUUCUUGUAUAUAUGGGCUUAAAGAUGAUGGCACUGGAACCCCUUAUGACAAAGAAUCAAUGGCAAUCAUAAAACUGAAUAAUACAACUGUCCUUUAUUUAAAAGAGGUGACAAAAUUCCUCGCUCUUGUUUGUUUUGUCAGAGAAGAAAGCUUUGAGAGAAAAGGAUUAAUAGACUACAAUUUCCAUUGUUUUCGAAAAGCCAUACAAGAAGUAUUUGAAGUAAGAAUGAAAGUAGUAAGAUCUCGAAAACAUCAAAGCCACCUGCAAAAAAAUAAAAGACCCACUCCCAAUGGGACACCAAGAAUGCCACUGUAACUGAGGUUUUCUGGCAAUGUGGCGAGCAAAGUCUUCAUGAAGUUGAUGUGACUUCUGCAUCUCAUUGCACUGAGGGAAGAGAAGAACAAAUGGGACUGAUGUAUUAUAUGAAUUUUCCCUGAACGUUGAGAAAGCACUGUUUAAAUAUUUUUAUCCAAUCAGUUUUUUCAUAUAGUGAGCACUUUGAGCAAAAUGUUGUAUAUAUAAACAUUGAGGUGAGCACUUGUAAGAAUUUUCUUAAUAUAUGCUGUAAACCUUUUUCAUGCCAUAUUAAGAAAAAACAGCUGUGACAGAAAUACUGGGUACAUAAUUUGCACUUUUUCUUGUUUUCCUUGUGGACUUGGACUUUGAUAAACUUAGUUUUUAUGGUGAUUUUGAUGCAUGGUGUCAGGUAAAAGGUAUGCUGUAGUUUAUUUACCUGCUACAAUCAAAUUGGUUAGUAAACAAUUAAGAAAACUUGGUACAAUGCCUUUUUAAAUUUGUGACAGCUAAUACCUAACAUUCAUACAGAUCUAAUUUCAUAUAUUUUUCAAUUUGUAAACUGAAGAAUAAUAUUGAAGUAUUACAGCAAUAAGCACCUUACCAGGAAUCGUAACUGGUAGGUAAAUAUUAGCUUUUAUAAAACAGGCUUUUGGCCAAAUUUCAUCCGGAGUUCUCCUUAACACUGGUCAUGCCCUCUCUUGGGUCUGGUUUUAUUAUUUACCUCAGCAUAUACCACUAAAAUACCUUUCUAUAAAGAUGAUUGUUUUGUAAAAUGGCUCUAUGUUGCACUGGUAUUUUUAUAAGGCUUCAGAGGAGUAUGUUGUAUCUGUACAUCUGGAUUUACAUUGCUAAGUUUGUGUUGAGAGCCUGCACGUGUACAGUAGGUGCAAUGAAGAAUCUCUAUGUAUUUCCACCCUGGCAUUCUGAUGUACUGAUAAGUCAUAAAGGUGUGAGCACUGGGUUCUGAUUCCCUCUAUCAGGGGUACAUCUGUGAUUGAAAUCAAGACGAGACCAUUAAAAUGAGGACUGGACAAUCUACCUGCUGUAAUAAUCACCGUACAUCACUACUUUUUAUUUUGAUAUUGAACAUGGGCAGAUGUACCACAGGAUCAGCCAGGACAGCAGAGGACUCUCAAACCUAAAAAGAAGUAACACUUACUUUCCAUGUUCUGUA